AUGCCUCUCGUCAUCAACUCCUCUCUGUCAAACAGUCCUAGCAGGAUGAAGAAGAACCCAUUCAGGGCUGACAGUGCUCGGUAUAUCUUUCUGCAAAACUUUGAAGGACCUAAUGGUACUUUCCCGGGGGAUGGCAUUGAAUUGAUGGCAACCUGCCAGGACGAGAACAAUGACGAGGCGGUGUCAAUGACGGACAAAACAAUUGACGCGAUGCCAUCCCCAGAGGUAGAAGAAAAACUUCUUUCGCAGAUUCUGACCUACAUCUCAGGCGAGUUCCCUCAUCGCUACAACGAGGAUGAGUUGCGCCAGGUGCUCAGAGGCAACAUUACUUCUAUAGUAUUUCUCGCUGGCAAUGACAAAACGGACGGCCAUUUGGAAGUAAACAUUGAUCGGUUUCAGCAGGAUCUAAGCAUGGAAAGGCUAUCGACAGAUGAGGACGGAGAGACCAAAUCUAUGUCGGAUGGUUCCAGUACUACUGCUAGUAGUUCAUCCUCACUUCAAGGCGAAAAAGGGACGGCACGACGUAAGAGACGUUGCCUACCGAUACUACCAACCGGAAUGCCCGACUCGUGGAGACGCUGGAACUGGAUAUCUGAACGAUCCUCCCUCUCCUUGUCUCCCAAGGCAAACAGCUAUCAUCAAAUGAAAUAA